AUGGCGCCGGAAUCACAAGCGGCGUGCGCCGUCUGUGGCGAGCCGGCAAACAACAAGUGCAGCGCCUGCAAGUCGGAUACCCUAUCGCGCCAAUACUGCUCCAAGAUCUGCCAGAAGAAAGACUGGCCGACUCACAAGAAGGCUUGCAAGGACGCCCAGAAUGCCAACCUCGAGAGGAAGCUUGCACGCGUAGCCGAGAUCGUCCAGCAGGCUUACUACGACUUCCGUGAGAAUACAUGGGAUCUGCACCUGGUCAAAGUCGACGACGGCGACGACGCUCUGGUAGUCUACGACGGCGAAGUACCGGAGCGGUCACACCAGUUCACUACAUUUCCGCAACACCUCUUCUCCAACGAACAGACCAAGCACGCGGUGAUCUAUCUGCAAACCACAGUUCAAGAAGUCAGCCUGCAACUUGGCUCGAUUCCCCGCAAGACGAUUACCUGUUACCCAGAAGGCGAGUUGCCUAAGGUGAAUUGGCCUGGUUAUACCCAUGAAGCCAUUCGCAUCACUUCUACUACGACAAAGAAGCAGUGGAUCAUGGACAUCAGUGGUGCUCAGUAUGGCAUCAACAAGUGUUUGUGGACAUGGCAAGCAUAUGAACACUCACACCAGGCCGAUUUCCAGUCUAUACGUCCUCUCGGCUUCAACAAACACGCUCUCACGACCCUCGGUAAGAUACGAGGCAGCCCGACCAUCACCUAUGGCGUGAUCGGACAAGUUGCAGAUUUUCUCGCUAUGACGGUCAACGAGUGGUCGACUCAGACUGGUAUGACUCUUCCUCAACUGAUCAUGCUCGGCAGAAAGGAGUAUGAAUCGAAUGCAUCCGGUCUUCUGAAGUUCAUGCACAAUACAGUCCGCACAUUCAUUAGUGCUAACAGAUUCGAGAAAGAGUGGGCAGCCAUGGUGUUGUACGAGGACUUGUAUCCCGGCGUCAGCAAGUCACGAUACGAUAGGAUGAUGAGGGAAAUGUUCUCUGCUGGCACCUUUGUGGACAAGGAGUAG